AUGCCAGAGCCCAUUCAGACAUCCAACGGUCGUCUGCCAAUAUCCCUUACUACUGCUGACCCCUUUCCUGCCAUGCACUGGACCAAGACCCUCAACUAUACGCAGACUGUUGCCGCAAAUACUGUUACUACUGUAGCAUACAUUACUGUCAACCCCAACAACCCCGCGAAUGUAAUCACGACGCAGAUUCCUGUAACACUGCCAUAUACCCCGUGCCACUGCGAUCAUCAGAUACAUCCAACAGUGGACAUGACAACUAUUGGUGCACCUUGCCGAGCUUGUGGCCCCAACGGUGAACAUAGCGUUACUCUAACGAUGCCUACUGCUGCAUGCGAGGGUGGUUCCGAAGGGUUCGGAGAUUCAUAUAGACCCCCUUACUCUCCUCACAGGGUUGAGGACCACAAGAUUCUCUCCGAUGUUCGGCCUUACCUCAAGCCCCAAUCGACAAUGGCGCAACAGGGUGAGCCAUCACCAAUGAAAGGAUAUGUGGCAGUCAAUGGCAUUCGCUUUAUGAAAGAUCCCAUGAGCAGCCAGCCUCUGGCAACCGGCUUUCCCACGGCCACGACCCCGUUCGGGAAGGACGCUGCCGAUGAGACACUGAGAAACUUCCACGGAGUCUACGGCACUGUCGGCGACCAUGCCUUUGUUGACUGGGCCAAGAAUUGCGAUUUAGUCCUCUACAUUGGGCCCUUUGAGAACAAUGUUAACACCUACUACUUCAAGACUAUCCCAGAGGCUUCCAAGACAACCAGGUUUGAGGAAGACUCACUUCAGAUCGGCUGUGCCGACGGUGAACACAGCCGAUGGGCUCUACAUCCCGGGGGACUUCUUCGGCGAGUACUGGCCCAACUUGUCAGCAGAGCGCUGCGUCAAUAUGUCGAAUAUCCUAAGCAGCUACCCAGAGCAUCGUGCACACUCCCGUAG